CCUCCCUCCUUCCCUGGCACAUCUGGGCGAGCUCCCAGUUGUGUAUUUUGGCAGCCGAGCCCGUCUGGGAACAGGAGGGGAACUGUGCAGGGCUUGUUUUGUCUGUCUGACGGCUCCUUCCCGGGGCUCCAGGCCCCUUUCCCGGGAUUCCAGGAGGGAGAAAAUGAAAGCCGGCUGCAGCAUCGUGGAUAAGCCCGAAGGAGGAGGAGGGUACCAUUUCCCGGAGUGGGCCUACAAGACGGAGUCCAGCCCGGGCUCCCGGCAGAUCCAGCUGUGGCAUUUCAUCCUGGAGCUGCUGCAGAAGGAGGAGUUCCGGCACGUCAUCGCCUGGCAGCAGGGGGAAUACGGCGAGUUCGUCAUCAAGGACCCCGACGAGGUCGCUCGGCUCUGGGGCCGUCGGAAAUGCAAACCCCAAAUGAAUUAUGACAAACUCAGCCGGGCGCUCAGAUAUUACUACAACAAGAGGAUCCUGCACAAGACCAAGGGCAAACGAUUCACCUACAAGUUCAACUUCAACAAGCUGGUGAUGCCCAAUUAUCCCUUCAUCAACAUCCGGCCCAACGGCGUGGUCCCCCAGAGCGCUCCCCCCGUCCCCACCGCCUCCUCCCGCUUCCACUUCCCGCCGCUGGAUCCGCACUCUCCUACCGACGAUUCCCAGCCCGCCGCCCGCUUCCCGCCGGGAUCGCUGCUCCCGUCCCACCCCGAAGCUCUGGGAGACGCCGAGAGGAAAGCGGAAGGCCCCGAGCUGGAGGAGAACGCCUCGGAUUGGCGCCGGGAUCUGCUGGCUCCGUCGCACCCUUCCGGCAGCGCCGCGGCGCAGAAGCGCAAGCCCGACGUGGUGCUGCCGCUGUUUCCCAGGCCGGGCAUUUUCCCGGAUCACCCGCACAGCCCCUUCGCCGUGUCGCCGCUUCCGGGGCGUCCCGGAAUGCUCAACGUUCCCAUUUCUCCCGCUUUGUCCCUGACUCCCACGCUGUUUUCCUACAGCCCCUCCCCGGGGCUCAGCCCGUUCGCCGGGAGCAGCUGCUUUUCCUUCAAUCCCGAGGAAAUGAAGCACUACCUGCAUUCCCAAGCCUGCUCCGUCUUCAAUUACCACCUGAGCCCCCGGACUUUCCCACGUUAUCCCCUCGUGGUUCCCCCUCUCCAAUGCCAGGUGCCUCUGGAAGAGCAGCCGCAGUUCCCGAUCAAGCUCCAGCCUCCUCCGGCCGGCCGGAAAAACCGGGAGAGGAUGGAAAGCCCCGAGGAAGCGGCGGCCGGAGCGGCAACCCCGCAGCUGCCCAACCCUCCGGCCAGGGUGAAAGUGGAGCCGGCUGUGGAGAAGGAGGAGGAGGAAGCUCUGGAAAAGCGGGAUGAGGUUGGAGAAGAGGAGGAAAAGCUCCCGGUGUUCGCCCGCCCGGCGGCUCCGGCCUGGAUCCCGAUUCCCGCCCAUCCCGGAUCGUCCGGCGAAGAGGCGGCGGAAGCCAGCGUGGAAAAGCCAUCCCGGGAUUCCUGCGGAGAUCCGGGCAAUCAGGAGAAGAGGGAGGACGCCCUGAUGCCCCCCAAGCUGCGGCUGAAGCGCCGCUGGAACGGGGAUUCCCGGCAGGAGAUUCCCGAGGGAAUUCCCAACGGGAUCUGGCACCUGCCCAAGGCCGUGGCCACCGCCUCCGACACCUAAUCCCGGCUGGAAAAACCUUGGAAAACAUCCAUAAAAAUCCGUGUAUUUAUGUAGCAAGGUUGCAGAGCAGUUUGGGAAAAGGGCGGGGAGGGGGGGGGUGGGGUAGAUCUGGGAAUUUUUAGGGAAUUUUAGGGGUGGGAGAAGGGAGGGGAGGGGGGGGAUUGGGAUUUGUGUUCUUUGUUUUCGUUGUUGACUUGCAGGUGAGACGCCGGAAUUCCCGCUGGGUUUUCCCGGGAAAAGCCGGCUCAGCUUCAGGACUCCAGCGGGGCCGGGAUGGAGGAAUUCCAGGCGCAGCCUCGGGGUUAUUCCCGCUGUUUUUAGAGGGACGGGAAUCUCCAGAUCCGGGGGUUUUUCGGGGUUUUUUUUUUCUUCACGGAUGCGAGGCUUUCCCGGCCAUCCAGGAGCUGGUUUGGUUUUUUUUUUUUUGGGAAAAGGGAGCUCGGGAAUUUUGCACUGUCCAUGGAGCAGGGGAAAGGAUUCAGGAAGACUCGGAAAAUCGGGAUGGAGGCCGCGUUCCCGGUGGAUUUCCGGGAAGGAAAACCCUGGAAAAAUUUCCCUUUUCCCGCCUUUUUUUUUUUUUUUCUUCUCUCUCGCAGAAGCCAUGAGCAAAACUCUCCAAACUUUUCAGGGAACGGGAAUGGGAACGGGA